UGAUACCCAAUCUUUUAGAUCUUGAUUCUAAUUAUAAGAAGCUGUAAGCUCUUCUCAUAUUUCAAUUUUGAAGGAUUCAUGAUUUUCUUGCAUAUUCAUGUUUUGCCUUGUCUAUCCAUACCCAAGUACAACGAGUUUUGGACCCCAAAGAAGGUUCGCGGAAGCAACCGAGAAGGAAUCAUUCGUUACACUACUUCUAGAAAUGCGAGUGAACGGCGAACCACAAAUGCCAGACACAAGAUUGAUUGGAUACCAAGACUACAAUACGCUUGGUGACGCUCUUCCUCCCGAAGCGCCAACUUCUGUCAGUGUCAUCUCUACAUCUUGAUUGUUUCACUACGAUAAUACUAACACUGAGCAGGUCUACAUCCAAGUCAUUUGUCUUAGGUUCAGAGAUACAUCAUCUCGUAAGAAUGGGGCUUGUAUGGGAUUCAAAUCCCUGACAAAAAUGCUCCUCCCUCCUUUUCCGCAGAACAUGGCACAGCCUUCUCUUCACAUGCAACAAGUUCAUUGAAUGUGGCAGUUCAAGAAAAACACAGAGAAAGCGUUACAUCGGCGUCUGUCAGUUAUCGUUACACAAGCAAAUGAAAACUGUACAGCUAAGGUAAGGCAAAAGGAGGCGGACGCUCAACCCAUUGUUUUCGCUCUUGCUGCCUAAUGUUACAGUUCCGUCUAUCUGAAGCCUCAAAAUCAAAAAUUUGGUCCAUUGAAAGGGGGAAAUUCGUGUAAACACGAAUCCCCCACGCUUCGAGAUGCAUUUCACUGGAAAUGGCGGUCAGAAUUUGGAUGAUGAUAUAGGAACAAGUUGCCCUGAUCAGGUUUGAAAAUAGAUUUGUUUCUCUCCGACCAUUUUGCGAUACCCAAAACUCAUCGUUACGGUGCCCAAUGGUCGACAUGGUCAACCAAAUAUCAACAAUUAUUAUUUCAAAUGGUUUCGAAUCUACUAAGCCAGAUGCCGCAUUUCGGAUCGAGCCUUCGUUCGUCAACAGUUUGUGUUAUAUGCCUUGCUGCGCACAUAGGGCAUCACCGGUCGCUGAAAGCCCAAAUGUCUCUUCAGAUACCUUCUCGGCUAGCGGAACAACAAUCCUGGUAUUAUUAUCGUCCGCCUCACUGAGGCUUGAGUUUCCCAAAAAAGCAAAUACCCUUUUCGAACGUUCGCCCGCUGUGCUGUUUAGCAGUAAUGCUCGAAGUUAUCUGGGAACCUAGCUACAUUUCGAUGUACAUAAGUCCAAAAAAAAUGCUGACAUAUUUUGCUGGCGAGUCAAAACUCGAGUAGCUUUUGACUCUCGGUGAGUUCAUUAAGUUAGA